AUGUUGUCGCUAUUUAUAGGCAAUAUCUUGCCAUACGCACCUAUUAGUGUUACGACAAGAAACUAUACAACUAUAGACAAUUUUGAUGAUCUAUUUAAAGCAAUGAGAGACCACUUUGGUACCAACAACUUAACCAAAAAAGAUUUUAUUCGAGUUACAAAUUCAUCCGCAGCUAAAUCAGGCGAAAGUAGUCGUUUACCAGUUGAUUGCAUUGCAAGAGAUCCUAUAACAUUUUAUAAUGAAAGAUUUGUAACUUCCCCAACUAAUGAACCAGAAACUGAACAUUAUUUUACGAUUGAUUUUUUGACAUCCAAAGUUCAUUUAAUUAACUACACACUUUUAUAUAUCACCAAAAUGAGAUUUAUGGUCCAUUAUGAGGUUUUAGGUGAAGUAAUGGAAAAUCAUUGGGAACAAAUAGACUAUCGAGCAGUAACGAGACAGGAAGUAAAACCUUUUACCGUUAAAGGAAAACAAUAUUAUGCCUAUUCUUUUCCAACAACAGCUAGCAAAAACUAUUCAAGAUUCAGGUUCAAAAAUCUAGGAUUGAAUGAAGGAGAAGGUGUAAGUACAAAAAAUGGAAAUUACACUGCAACUACAGCAAAGCUUCUCCUCUAUGGUACUCUUUAUCCUGGAAAAAUUAAGUAUUCCCCAAUAAAAUUGAAGAGGAAAGAACAAAUGAUGUUUAACUUUGCCAUGUUCUCAAGUUUGUAA